AUGGAGGGUUCAAAUCGCCUUUUCCGCUUCCCGAAGCCCGCAUGGCUGAACAGCGCAAACACAAGGACUGCAGGCGUCUACAUUGCAGGAGCUCUGUUUGCUCUCGGUUUCUAUACCCUCAUCGACAUAUCGGUAUGGUCCAAGUCGGCUAUGAACGGCUCCGACCCACGCGUCCACAUCACCUUCGUCGACUGGGUCCCGGGCAUUUGCAGCGCCCUCGGCAUGCUAGUCAUCAACAGCAUUGACAAGUCGCGACUCUCUGCUGAUAGCUUCUCCUACUCUGGAAACGGUGUCGCGUGGAAGGCUAGACUAGUGCUGUUCCUGGGCUUCGCGCUGCUGGCCGGCGGAUUGGCGGGAAGUGUGGUGGUUAUGGUUAUGAAGUUUGUUGUGCCAGAGCACACAUGGCCAACCCUUUGGAUGGGCGCUGGCAAUGUUGUUGCCAAUGCGCUGGUUAUGCUGAGUUCCGCGGUACUUUGGGUUGCGCAGAACAUGGAGGAUGAGUACACGUACAACCUGGCGUUGUAA